AUGGUUUUACAAAAUACGGGAAAGUAUAGAGCAGACAGGGAGGAAUUCAAUAGAAAGGAUGCUGGUUCGUCUAAUGGACCCAGGGAGGAAUCUUCGGAGUCUCGCAUCCGUGUGGCUCUGGAGAAUGACAGGAUCGACUCGAAGUACGGUUUCGACAGAGUGCGUGAUGUUAAAGAACGCACUGGCUACUUGAUUAACAUGCAUACAGCUGAAAUUCUAGAUGAGGAUAAAAGAUUAGUAGCUGCAAUGGAUUACUACUUCAUAGAAAUGGAUGGGUCUCGUUUCAAAAUAUCUCUGACCUUCCAGCCUUACUUCUUAAUCCUGGCCCGCAAGGAGUGUGAGCAGGAAGUCAUACAGUUCCUUUCUAAGAGAUUUGCAGGAACUAUACACAAGAUAACUGUUAUUGAGAAAGAAGAUUUGGAUCUGUUAAACCACUUAUCUGGUUUGAAGCAGCGCUACAUAAAACUUUCAUUCAUGUCACAAAACGAAAUGAUGAAAGUUCGUAGAGAAAUAUUAACAGCUGUGAAUAAAAAUAAAGAAAGAGAAAAGAAAGAUCAGAUUUAUGCCGAGAUGUUAACGAAUGCUUUGACUAGUGCGGCGGCCAUUGAACAUGCCAAGAAAACUACUGAUCACAUGGAGAACAUUCUAGAUAUCAGAGAACACGAUGUGCCAUACCAUGUCAGAGUAUCAAUAGACAUGCAAAUCUUUUGCGGUACCUGGUAUACGGUCAAGAGCCGAGGGACAGAAACACCAGUCUUCACAAAACGGGAUGACAUUAUAGAGAGACCGGAUCCAAUAGUUUUGGCCUUUGACAUAGAAACAACGAAACUGCCAUUGAAGUUCCCGGAUUCCCAGACGGAUCAGAUUAUGAUGAUAUCAUACAUGAUUGAUGGUCAAGGAUAUUUGAUUACUAAUAGAGAGAUCAUUUCGGUAGAUGUUGAAGAUUUUGAGUAUACUCCUAAGCCGGAGUUUGAGGGGCAAUUUAUAGUAUUCAAUGAAGAAAAUGAGCUGGCUCUGAUACAAAAGUUCUUCGAUCACAUAAUGGAUGUUAAACCACAUAUCUUCGUAACUUACAACGGUGACUUCUUCGAUUGGCCGUUCGUGGAAGCGCGCGCGGCGGUUCUCGGUCUGGAUAUGAAACAAGAAAUUGGUUUUAGUAAAAUAGCGGCAAGAGAUGGUACAUACGCUUGUCGACCUGCUAUGCAUAUGGAUUGCUUGUGUUGGGUAAAGAGAGAUUCGUACCUGCCAGUGGGAUCACAAGGUUUGAAAGCCGUGGCUAAAGCAAAGUUAAGAUAUGAUCCCGUGGAGUUAGAUCCCGAAGAAAUGUGCAGGAUGGCGGCGGAACAACCGCAGGUGCUGUCAAAUUAUUCAGUAUCUGAUGCAGUGGCUACAUACUACUUGUACAUGAAAUAUGUCCACCCCUUCAUAUUUGCGCUCUGUACUAUCAUUCCAUUGGAACCUGAUGAGGUACUUCGCAAGGGAUCUGGCACUCUUUGCGAGUCUCUACUAAUGGUGCAAGCGUUCCACGCGAAUAUAGUAUUUCCUAACAAACAAGUUGAGGAGCUAAACAAACUGACUAACGACGGACAUGUACUGGAGACUGAGACAUAUGUAGGGGGACACGUGGAGGCACUCGAAUCUGGUGUAUUCAGAGCAGACAUUAAAUGCAAGUUUAAAAUAGUUCCAUCAGCGGUAGACAAACUGAUGGAAACUACUGAGAAAACAAUGAAACACGCCAUUGAAGUAGAGGAGGGGAUCCCAUUGGAUUUGGUCACGAAUUUCGAUGAAGUUUGUGCAGAAAUAAAGGCAAAGUUGCAACAUAUGAAGGAUCAUCCCAGGAGAGAUGAAAAUCCUUUGAUUUAUCACUUGGAUGUCGGCGCCAUGUAUCCUAAUAUUAUUUUGACUAACAGGUUGCAGCCGUCAGCGAUGGUGAACACAGGUAUAUGUGCGGUGUGUGACUACAACCGGCCCGGCGCGGACUGUCAGAGGCAUAUGGAGUGGAUGUGGCGAGGAGACUACUUGCCAGCAACGCGAAGUGAGUACCAACGCAUUCAGCAACAGCUGGAAACUGAGAAGUUCCCACCACUGCACCCUGGAGGACCCACUAGGGCUUUCCAUGCAUUACCCAAAGAAGAUCAGGCGGCGUAUGAGAAGAAGCGUCUAGCAGACUACUGCAGAGUGGCUUACAAGAAGACGAAGGUCACACGGACAGAAGUCAGAACCACCACUAUUUGUCAGAAAGAGAACUCAUUCUACGUCGACACUGUAAGAGCUUUCAGGGAUCGUCGUUACGAGUACAAAGCUUUAAACAAGCAAGCUAAGGCGAAGGUAGCGGAGGCGGUGGCGAGCGGCGACGCGGCAGAGAUCAAGUCUGCCAAGAGUCGGGAAGUACUCUACGACUCGCUACAACUCGCACACAAGUGUAUCUUGAACUCUUUCUAUGGAUAUGUCAUGAGGAGAGGUGCUCGCUGGCACAGCAUGGAGAUGGCCGGCAUAGUGUGCUACACCGGCGCCAACAUCAUCAUGAAGGCGAGGGAAAUCAUCGAACAAGUAGGAAGACCGCUGGAAUUGGAUACUGACGGUAUUUGGUGUAUCCUGCCGUCAUCGUUCCCUGAGAACGUGACGGUACUGACAACACAUGCGAAGAAGAAGAAAAUCAACGUGUCCUUCCCAAACGCGGUACUCAACGCUAUGGUCAAAGACCACUUCACGAACGACCAGUACUUCGAACUAGUGGACCCUGUAGAAAAGAAAUAUGAACAAAGGGCAGAAAACUCUAUAUUCUUUGAAGUGGAUGGUCCAUACUUGGCCAUGGUGUUGCCAGCUUCUAAAGAAGAAGGCAAGAAGCUGAAGAAAAGAUAUGCCGUGUUCAACUUUGACGGAUCAUUGGCCGAAUUAAAAGGUUUCGAAGUAAAACGUCGUGGAGAACUACAACUGAUCAAGAUCUUCCAAUCAUCAGUUUUCGAAGCCUUUCUAAAGGGGAAUGACUUAAAAUCCUGCUACAGUGCAGUCGCCAAAGUAGCUGACUAUUGGCUAGACGUGUUAUACAGUAAAGGCAGCAACAUGCCUGACUCGGAACUCUUCGAGCUGAUCUCUGAGAACAGAUCCAUGUCCAAAAAGCUUGAGGACUAUGGAGGUCAGAAGUCGACUUCUAUAUCCACUGCUAAAAGAUUGGCUGAGUUCCUCGGUGAUCAGAUGGUUAAAGAUGCUGGGUUGGCUUGCAGGUUCAUAAUAUCAAAAAAGCCGGAAGGUGCUCCAGUAACCGAGCGAGCGAUACCCCUGGCCAUCUUCCAGUCUCCAGCAGGAGUGAAGAGACACCACCUGCGAAGGUGGCUGAAGGACAAUAGCAUCACGGAGGAUAUAGACAUCAGGGACGUGCUGGACUGGGGCUACUAUAUAGAGAGGCUCAGCGGUGCCAUACAGAAGAUUAUUACUAUACCAGCCGCUAUGCAAGGCUUAGACAACCCAGUACCUCGCUGCCAGUACCCAGACUGGCUCCACAAGAAGAUGUUGGCCAAAACUGACAAGUUCAAGACUAGGAAGAUCACUGACAUGUUCAGCGUCCAGCCUAAACAGGUCAAGGAUGCGGCUGAUGAUGGAGAAGAACCGUCUACCAGUGCUGAUGGGAAUACGGCUAUAGACGUAGACAUUGAAGAUAUAGGGAAGAACAGCAGUGCAAAGGAUAAUACAGUUCGUCCAAUAGUGCACACGGUGAAACGGAAACGUGAGGAGUCACCGGUUAAGGAGGCACAGAACUGGAGGGAGGCGUUGGGACCACCACCUCCUUUUGGUAGUACUAAGGCUGAACGAAGGGCGUGGAUAUUGUUUCAAAAGAAGAAAUGGCUGUGGCAAAUGGAACAGCGUGGUCUUCGAAACCGCAAUAAGAGAGGCAAAUUGGACAAGGAUAUGAUGCCACCGCCAAAGGCCGGUCCAGCGACUACGCUAGGCGGAUUCAUUAGGAGAGCACAACGUACGUUGCUCAAUACACCCUGGCAAAUAAUACAGGUAGCAGAAACAGCAGAGCCCGGUCUAUUCAAAGUAUGGGCGCUAGUAGGCACGGAGUUACACCAGAUCAAGUUGACAGUGCCUCGUAUAUUCUACGUGAACCAGCGCGUCAGUCGGGCGACAGACAGCGGCCAGUACUGGCGCAAGUGUAACAGAAUAUUGCCGCGAGCACACCCUGUAUUACAUCUGUACCAGUACACCGUGCCUGAGAACUUGUAUAGAGAACAUCAGGAAGAGCUAACAUCCGAACUAUGUGCUCCAGAAAUCGAAGGUAUAUACGAAACGCAAAUGAGUCUCGAAUUCAGAGUACUCGUCCAACUCGGCUGUAUAUGCACUGUGGAUCCUCAAGAAGCUAGAAAGAUGAUACAAUUUGGUUCGAAUAACAUGGAUUCGUUUUCACUAAGUCAGCUUCAGUUCAAAAGCGUGGGUCUACAACCGUAUUUACAAAAACAGGACGGUGUGCCCCCAGUAAAACAUAUUUACUUAUACCAACACUCGGCUUUGAACUCAUCGCGCAGUAUGUGGGCAUUAAUACUACCGCCAGUGAAGCGAGCCUACAUAUACGUACUGGAUACUGUCAAAACCAACCAAGUUCCUAACAUGAGCACUCUGUACCUAGCUGAAAGGACUGCCAAAAUUAAUCUAGGAACAGAAGAAUCAUCCCUCCCUGGCUCUGAGUUGACGUGGGAGGUAGUAGUAGAAACAGAAGCGCGUGCAGUGAGCCGUCACUUACAGCGCGCGCUGCAGCGGUACAAGGACGAGCGUUGUGGACCCACCAUACUGGCUGUACAAGCUACACUAGCGUCGCAUCUACUCAUGCAACUUAUGCCGGGUUUAUCAGACUUCCCCAUCGUCCCGAUCCACGUGCGCGACGUAGAAACAUUGUACAGUGCACUGGAGUGGCAACGUAUCGGGGCGCGCGCCAUCGUCAGACACUAUCUGGGACUCGAGGCUGUACUACAACUCACUAUAGAACAAUGCAGAUACUUCCACGUGCCAAUAGGCAAUAUGCCGGCGGAUCCCACCUUAUUUGGCGCAGACUUAUUCUACGCGCGACAGCUCAUCAAACACAACUUCGUGCUCUGGUGCUCCAAUAGAGAUCUGCCGGACCUUGGGGGGCGAGAGACUGAUGAUAACAGAUUGGUAAGCGAAGUGGAGGAAUUGUCAGGGUGUGCGCAUAAAUGUAGCGGCGCAUAUAACUCGGUGUGCGUGUCGCUGGGGACCGACGCACUGGCCGUGUGCGCGCUGCUACAGGCCGGCGCAGUGCUCGUCAACGAGGGGACCUCGCUCGCCACCGCCUUCGGGGCGCAGCAUACUUCCAUACAGGACGCUAUUAAUCAUGCUGGACCGAAUGCAACGAUGACAUACGACGAAACAGCGCAGUGCAGCGCAGCGUUCAAGAUCCUCCGCACUAUGAUUGCGUCCUGGCUGCGUGACGUCACACAGUACAAGAAUGUCUUCGCUGACUUUCAGAUAUCACACUUUUACAGAUGGCUAAAGACUCCCUCCUCUUUACUCUACGACCCGGCCCUCCGCCGCACUCUGUACAACCUGAUGAAGAAGCUGUUCCUCAUGCUGGUGGCCGAGUUCAAGAGACUCGGCUCACACAUCGUGUAUGCAGAUUUCAACAAAAUCAUUAUUUGUACUAAGAAGAACACUGUUAUGGAUGGGAUUGGUUACGUAGAGUUCGUGGUACAGAGCAUCCGCAACAAGGAGUUGUUCCACGGCAUCGACAUACAGUACAAGCAAUGCUGGUCAUAUCUACUGUGGCUCGACGAGGCCAACUAUGCGGGGAUACAGGGUAAACUACCUGAAGGUUUGACUGAAGUCGGCUCGUCACAGGUGCCUACUGCCAGCGAAGAAAAUACUGGAGAUGAGGACGCAAUAACAAUGCAUUGGAACCUAGCGAACUUCCUCCCGGCCCCAGUACGGGAGCCGUUCGCGGCCGCAGUGGCUGGCUUCCUCAGCGCUGCAUACUCGCAACCGAAGGAACUGCCCGUCUUACUACGAGGGGAGAUCUCACAGAAACUGUUUCAAGUAACAGAAAAAAUAAACACGCGCUACCCGUUACUCCGUCCGUCUGACAUCGGUCCGCAGCCGGGACUGAAGCCGGACGCCUUCACAGACGAGUCCAAGCCCGCACUACUCUAUGUGAAUGCGAUCUGCAAAGUUUUCUCACUUGAUAACACGUUGGAUGAAGAGGUAACACUCCUCCGCCGCAAUCUACUACGUCUGAUAGGCGUGGGUGAGUUCAGUAGCAGCGCGGAGUGGCGCGAGGCGUGCUCGUCGUGUGUACUCACCGAGGUCAUCUGUAACGUGUGCAACCACUGCCGGGACCUCGACCUCUGCAGGGACACCAACACUGCUACACUCAAUGAUGUACCCGUGUGCCUAUGUCCCACAUGUGGCACUCCUUACGAGAAUCAGGAGCUAGAAUGGAAACUCGUCGAGAUUAUGAACAGACGAACCAUGUCCUAUAUUCUGCAAGAUUUAAUAUGUAAACGAUGUCAUCAGGUAAAACGCGAAAACAUGACAACGGUAUGCGAGUGUGCUGGCGAGUUUGCCCUAAUGGUGCCCACAAAGGAGGUCCAAUCACAAAUCCAUACCUUCAAGACAAUAGCGGAGUACUACAAGAUGCCUCUACUCUCAGAACUGAUUGAAUACCACCUUAGUAACACGUGA